AUGGGCAGCACAACGGCUUCACCAGUGCCAUUCACUGACCCAACACAACCGCGACUUUACUCAACAUCCCAAUCACCAUCUCUAGACGCCUUCAGACAGACCUGCUCUCAGCAAGCAACCAAAACCCAGUAUCCCCACGCCAGUACCAUCCAAAACAACAUACCUAUUUACAACCUUCCACCCUACGGUACACUCACGCCUCAAGAAAAGAAAGAUCUGCAAGAUGAAUGGUACGCAGUACUUCUCCAUGGUCCGGGUGUCUUUGUCACCAAGAACCUCUACAGCGACCACGUUCUACUCGACGAUGUCAACGCCGUCUUUCGCAGCAUCAUUGCCGAGGAGAAAGAAACCAUGACCAGCCAUGGCGAUCACUUCGCUGGGGCAGGGAAGAAUGACAGAAUCUGGAACGCCUUCAGCAAACAUGGCCUUGCUGAUCCCCGCUCAUUCCUCAAGUAUUACUCAAACCCGUACCUAGGCCUUAUUGCAGCUUCAUGGCUUGGACCAGGGUACAGAAUCACCGCGCAGGUGAACAACGUCAAGCCAGGGGCUGCAGCACAAGUCUCCCAUAGGGACUACCACCUGGGGUUCAUGUCGGCAGAGACCUGUUCCCAGAUCCCGCGCGCAAUGCAAGUUUCCAGUCAAUUUUUGACACUGCAAGGUGCCGUUGCGCAUAUUGAUGUGCCCAUGGAGAGUGGACCAACACGUUUGCUGCCGUUUAGCCAGACAUUUGCGGAGGGAUACAUGGCGUAUCGUCUACCCGAGUUCAACGACUACUUUUUGAAGAACUAUGUGUCGCUGCCGCUGGCACAAGGAGACGGGUUGUUCUUCAAUCCAGCUCUGUUUCACGCAGCGGGGACGAACCAGUCCCAAGAUAUUGAGAGAAUGGCCAACUUAUUGCAGAUCAGUAGUGCGUUUGGGAAGCCUAUGGAGUCGAUUGAUGCUAUUCCGCUAGUAGAGGCCGUCUGGGAUCAGCUGUUAGCCGUUUUCCAAAGCCAGGGCACCACAGACGCAGUCAAAGCUUUCGUAGAGGCUGUCGGGGAGGGGUAUGCAUUUCCGACAAACCUUGACCGCAAUCCGCCACAGAGUGAUAGCAUGGCCCCGAAGUGUGAACAAGAUGUUUUGUGGGAUUGCCUUCAGAGAGGAUGCAGUAUGCAAGAGACUUCUGGUGCUCUAAAAGCGUACAGGACCGCCACUGCAGCUUAG